ACAUAACAACCAAAGAUUAUAGAGUUAGGUUAGGUUAGGUUAGCAUCUGUGGUUGACAUCCAGAAGGAAAAGGGUGCAUAGAAGUUCUCAAACAAACGAUAUCUAAAAUUUCUCAAUUCUCAGAAUGGCCCACACAAUUCUUCUAGUGCAACCCGAUAUAAAUCCUGAAACUAGGACUUAUUCUGAUUAUGAGUCUGUGAACGAAUGCAUGGAGGGAGUUUGUAAAAUAUAUGAGGAACAUUUAAAGAAAAGAAAUCCUAAUACACCUACCAUCACAUAUGAUAUUUCACAGCUGUUCGACUUUGUUGAUCAGCUAUCAGACCUAAGCUGUCUUGUUUACCAAAAGUCAACCAACACCUAUGCACCUUAUAAUAAAGACUGGAUAAAAGAAAAGAUCUAUAUCCUACUAAGACAAGCAGCUGGUCAUUCGAAUGGAAGGUAAAUUUUUCCUUCCCAUUUCAAUUCAAAGAUUUAUGGACGUAUUUUAAUUGUAGAGUAACAUUUAUUUAUUAAAGAGUAUUCACUUUGUUUGAAAUUACACUUAACAGUUGACUUCAUGUUUAUUUUUCAUCUAAUAAAUCAUUUGUACUAAAUUCA